GGGUUCCAAGCCAAGCUCCUCAAGCCUCGGCACCUCCCGACCAACCUUCCCCCAAGGAACACCUCCCUUUGCAAGUCUGCACGGCGUGGGGGGUGUCGUCCAGCCCCCCACACGGAGGCAGAAACAGGUGUGGGUCCAUUACCUAGCUCGAGAGAACCAGAAAGAGUGUGGGUUCAGGGCACCGCACUGGCGACUGAAGACAGCGCGCGCCACAGGCUGGGGCAACGAGAGGAGGAAGGAGUGAUGCCACAUCUCUGGUCACAAGCCCACUGUUCUUGGAGGGAGGCUGCAGCUUGUCAGCAGAUCAUGGCUCAUUUGGACGAAGCAGCCCGCCAGCUGUCCAGAAGUGGGACAACCCUCUAUGCCGUGCUGGAGCUUAAGAAAGGUGCCUCACCGGAAGACAUCAAAAAGGCUUACAGGAAACUGGCCUUAAAGUAUCAUCCAGACAAGAAUCCAGGGGACGCUCAAGCAGCAGAAAUAUUCAAAGAGAUCAACACAGCCCACUCCAUACUGAGUGACCCUAAGAAGCGGAAAAUCUACGACCGGCAUGGUUCAUUGGGAAUAUAUAUAUAUGAUCACUUUGGCGAAGAAGGCGUCACGUACUAUUUUACGAUGAAUAGUUGCUGGUUCAAGACGCUGGUCCUCCUGUGCGCUCUGCUCACCUGCUGCUGCUGCUGCUGCUGCUGCUGCUUCUGCUGCGGAGCGCUUAAGCCACCACCUGAGGAGGUUGCCAGAAGAUACCAGCAGGAUGUACAGAAUCAGCCUCCCAGGGCAGGUGCUGACCCAGCGAGGGUGCCUUCUGCUGCCCAACACACUGGACACGUUGAAGAGGGGAGCAAGUAGCCCUGUCCUGACAUUGACCCUGAUUUGACCCUCUUCUUAUAAGAAUCCCAACUUCAGAAGCAUUGAUGGCAUCUAUCCCAGUGGGGAUGCCACCUCUGUCCUUGAUGGUAUCACUGACCCUGCCAAUACAAGGUCACCCAGCCACUCUUCUUUUUAGCUCCAGUCCCAAUUUUAAUCUGUUUAGAAAGCAGCCCUUCCAUACGUACCCUUAUGAGGUCUCAGGCAGUGGUGACAGACUUUUCCCGAGCAUUCUUUUUCCUGUACCUUGGGAUUUGGGCCAGUUUCAGGUGGUAGGGGCCCUGAGCCACUUGCAUUAUCUCCACCAAGAUCCUGAUAACUGAGCAGGGUGGAUCCUAUCCCAGAGCUGCUAUACUAGUUGACCCUCCUUUGUUGCAGCGCUGCACCAAGAACUUAGCGUCAGCCUCAUUCCUACGCCAGCACACAUUUCUGGGGCUGGUCUCACCUUUUUCUGGUGCCCAUGCACUUGACAUUGUCAGCCUCAUUGUCAGACUCAUUCUAUGCCACCAUGAGUCAACUCACACAAAGCAUGAAUGCAUUGGAGGGGGAGGGGUAGUUAUCCCACCUCUGGAUUCUCUCUGGACUGUACCCCAGCACAGCCCCCCUUAGCAUGGGUCCCGUGGGCUGACUGAAGUUCAUCUAUCAGUGCCUGCUUGCCUCCGUCCUUUUUACCACAUCUUAUGCAUGCUGAUCACCAUAUGUUUUGUUAACAGGGGCAUGAAACAUGUGAUAGGGAAAAGAUAAUACUUCUACAGACCCUUUCCCCAUUCAUGCCUCUUCACACUGCCUGUUUUCUCCUCUCCACACCAUUUCCCAUCCACCCAAGGUCAGAGCUGAGUAACUCCUCAAACUUCUCUCUCCUGAAUGGGAGAAGUGCUAAGGAAUGUCAGUAAAUAAAA